GCUUCCUCUUUCCCUUUCAGUUUUCAGUUUCUCCCUGAAUGCUUCUUUGGUUCUCAGACUCCAGAUGCCAAGAAAGGGGAGUCCCUGGGCAGACUGAUCCCUGGCUCGGAUAGCUUAGGGGGAGAAUCCCAAAGGCCAUUCCUCCCCUUCCUGAGCCUCUGGGCAAGGAGGGCGGGAUCUUGGUUCCAGGGUCUCAGUACCCCCAGUGCCAUUUGAGCUGCUUGUACUCAUCAACUCUAUUAAUAACUACCCUCCCUCCCCCACUGCUAGUGCUGCCCCCACGCCUGCCCAGCUCGGGUUCUCCGGUCACAGCAGCUCAGUCCUCCAAAGCUGCUGGACCCCAGGGAGAGCUGACCACCGCCUGAGCAGCCGGCUGAGUCUGCCUCCACAAUGCCGCUCUCAGGAACCCCAGCCCCCAACAAGAAGAGGAAAUCCAGCAAGCUGAUCAUGGAACUCACUGGAGGUGGACGGGAGAGCUCAGGCCUGAACCUGGGCAAGAAGAUCAGUGUCCCAAGGGAUGUGAUGUUGGAAGAGUUGUCGCUGCUCACUAAUAGGGGCUCCAAGAUGUUCAAACUGCGGCAGAUGCGGGUAGAGAAAUUUAUUUAUGAAAAUCACCCUGAUGUCUUCUCUGACAGCUCAAUGGAUCACUUCCAGAAGUUCCUUCCCACAGUUGGGGGACAGCUGGGCACAGCUGGUCAGGGAUUCUCCUACAGCAAGGGCAGCAGUGGAGGCCAGGCAGGGGGAAGUGGCUCUGCCAGACAGUACGGCUCUGACCAGCAGCACCAUCAGGAUUCUGGAUCUGGAUCUGGAUCUGGGGGUACAGGUGGUCCUGGGGGACAGACUGGCAGAGGAGGAGCUGCUGGAACAGCAGGGGCUGGAGAGACAGGAACAGGAGACCAGACAGGUGGAGAAGGAAAACAUAUCACUGUGUUCAAGACCUAUAUUUCCCCUUGGGAGCGAGCCAUGGGGGUUGACCCUCAGCAGAAAGUGGAGCUUGGCAUCGACCUGCUGGCCUAUGGGGCCAAACCUGAACUCCCCCAAUAUAAGUCCUUCAACAGGACAGCAAUGCCUUACGGUGGAUAUGAGAAGGCCUCCAAACGCAUGACCUUCCAGAUGCCCAAGUUUGACCUGGGGCCCCUACUGAGUGAACCCCUGGUCCUCUACAACCAGGGCCUCUCCAACAGGCCUUCUUUCAAUCGAACCCCCAUUCCCUGGAUGAGCUCUGGGGAGCCAGUAGACUACCACGUGGAUAUUGGCAUCCCCUUGGAUGGAGAAACAGAAGAGCUGUGAGGUGUUUCCUCUUCUACUGUGCAUCAGUUUUCUCUUAUCAGGUUCCAAAUUGGAAAGGGAAUGCCGAGCAGGAUGCCCCUAUAUAAAUCCUUGUGGGAAUGGAGGGAAAAAAGAGGGAGAUACUUGUCUUUCUAGUCUUCACUCCAAGUCCCCGCUCCAAGCAUCCUUCCUCACCAACUUAGAGCUCCCCUUCCACUUGCUCUGUAUGGAACCUGCUCUUUUAUGGAAUUUGCUCUGCCACCGGUAACAGUCAAUAAACUUCAAGGAAAUGAA